GCCUUUCCUGAUUGGUGCAGACUUGCGCUGUGCGUGCUGACGUCACAAGAGGGCGACGUUGCUAUAAGAACGCGGCCGGCGAACGCGUGCGCCUCUUUCUUGGUUUCCAGAGCGUUCGCUCAGGCGCAGACGGGCAAACAGAGCCAGCAUGCCGGUCGCCCGGAGCUGGGUUUGUCGCAAAACCUAUGUGACCCCGCGGAGACCCUUCGAGAAGUCCCGGCUCGACCAAGAGCUGAAGCUGAUCGGCGAGUAUGGGCUCCGGAACAAACGUGAGGUCUGGAGGGUCAAAUUCACCCUGGCCAAGAUCCGAAAGGCUGCCCGGGAGCUGCUGACGCUGGAUGAGAAAGACCCGCGGCGUCUGUUCGAAGGUAACGCCCUGUUGCGGCGGCUCGUCCGUAUCGGGGUGCUGGACGAAGGCAAGAUGAAGCUGGAUUACAUCCUGGGCCUGAAGAUUGAGGAUUUCUUGGAGAGACGCCUGCAGACCCAGGUCUUCAAGCUGGGCCUGGCCAAGUCCAUCCACCACGCCCGCGUGCUCAUCCGCCAGCGCCACAUCAGGGUCCGCAAGCAGGUGGUAAACAUCCCGUCCUUCAUCGUGCGCCUGGACUCCCAGAAGCACAUCGACUUCUCCCUGCGCUCCCCGUACGGCGGGGGCCGCCCGGGCCGCGUGAAGAGGAAGAACGCCAAGAAGGGCCAGGGCGGGGCCGGAGCCGGCGACGACGAGGAGGAGGACUGAGCCCGGGCAGUGCCCUGGGCUGGCGGAGCGCUGGCGGGCCUCAGAUAAUAAAGCAGGAUAUCCACGCUG